AUGUCGGACCAGAAGGACGUCAACAAGGAGGUUACCAGGCUGUGGAGAGCAUGGAGGACAGCCCACGAGAUGGCUGCGGACCGCGGCUAUGAACUCGCCGAGGACGAACUCACAAUCUCUCUCGACCGCUUCAAGAUGGAGUACACCAGCGCCGACGGCAGCGUCAACCGCGGCAAGCUCCAGUUCUCCGCCAACCCCUCCGCCGACAUGAUCCGCAAAUUCACACCCCCCGCGACGCCCAACAACCCGAGCCCGACGCCCGACUGCGGUACCCUCUGGGUCGAGUUCCUCGCCGACACGACGUUCGGCAUCAAGGAGAUCAAGAAAUUCAUCCACCACCUCAUCAGCAACAAGUACUCGUCCGGCAUCAUGGUCACCCACGUGCCCCUCUCCCCGGCGGCCCGCAAGAUGCUCGUCACCAUCGAGUCUUUCGCCAAGGUCGAGUGCUUCCUCGAGGACGACCUGCUCGUCAACAUCACCCAGCACGAGCUCGUGCCCAAGCACAUCCUCCUCAGCCGCGAGGAGAAGAUUGCCCUCCUCAAGCGCUACCGCCUCAAGGAGACGCAGCUGCCGCGCAUCUUGCAAAAGGACCCCGUCGCAAAGUACCUCGGUCUCAAGCGCGGGCACGUUGUCAAGAUUAUCCGUACCUCGGAGACGGCGGGUCGUUACGCCAGUUACAGAUUGUGCGUGUAA